UUUGUGGGCCAUGUUUUGGGGGUCCCGCAGUUUCCGCGAGCCGAGUCGCAGCCUCUCUUCGUUUGGGUUCGGCGAGCAGGGGGCCAUGUAUUGCUGGCCCGCAAUUUUCGCGAGCUCCGUGAGGGCACGCCCCUGCGGGCCCAAUCCCGCCCUUGCCCGCCGACCGAAAGUGGGCAGAUGUGCGGGCCUCCGUAUCGGGGGGGUGCGGCGCAGUUUCCGUGGGCCUAGUCCCGCCCCUGCCUUGCCAACGCGGGGUGGGCAGCGUUGCGGGCCAUUUUCGCCGGGUCCCGUGUCCUGCUUCGGGCCCGCGCCGUGCUUCGGGCUCGUGCCAGCUGCGGCUCGGAGGCGCGGGGGGGGACAAUCAUGAAAGAGGGCCGGCGAGGAUUUCACGGCCGUCCGCACUCCUACUUUUUGCAGCGUCGCCAUGCCGGAGACACAUUUAAUUUCUUUCCGCAGCCCGAGGUUGGAUCGGCGACGGAUGCCCGUGCCACGGUAUCGUCCCGAGCACCCGGCACACCCGUGUUCAAGUUGUUCGAUAACCCGUUUUUGAAGCGACAUCGCAUGAAAUACUCUGAUGAGGAUUCUCCAUGCUCACAUGGUCUCCCGAAGGAGGAUUACCAAAUGAUGAAUGGCGUGGUGGGCGACACCCGGGAGGGAAGCGAGCAGGUCACCAUGAGUCUCGCGAAGCUGGAAGAUAUCGAAAACAGUGGUCCGCCGCAGCGCAGAUUGGCAGCGCUGCGAAGAGGAGCAGCAAUGGUGCGGGAGACCGUGAUCAACCUCCAGUUUCCCAUGGAGCUCGCGGACAUUAACUACAGCAGGCACGGCAGCUCCAGUUGCGCAGUGAAUUUGGUUCCGUACGCGAAAAGCGACUACAUCACAGUCAACGUGAGGAAGGUAGCGUUUACAGAAGUGCAACAUCAUUUGGCUGAAUAUGGAUAUCGUCGGAGCCGAUCUGGCUCGAGCACAAGUGGCAGAAGGUCCAGGCGUUCUGCGCGGACAUGUCCACGGCGCGAUUGCGAAAGGCGCGCAAUUUCAAAGAGACUGGUCUGAACGAAUUCGCAGGUAUAUUGAAGAGUUUAUACAACGCAGGUUUCCGCCUCAUGAAGCCCACCGCGCAGGUUAUGAUUCAAAUCUUUGGUACUGCAACUCAGACAAUGACAAACAUGCAGACAUCAGCGCCGCUGAAGAAUUAAUCACAAAUUAUUUAUGGCUGGUGGGACUUCCACAUCCCGCUGCCGCAUUUCUUCGCAUUGCAGAAGUUGUUCUGGGAUCGCCCGCGCCAUUCGAAAGGAUUCACGAGGUUUUCGCCGCAUUCGCCGACCAAAUGGGGACGUCCCCCAAUUGGGCCCGUUCGGAAAAAACCCUGGCGAUCACGCGCGCGACCGGCCCCGCCCCCCCCCCUUGUAGUUGGGCGGUCGUCCGGCGACGACCGCGGACGUCUUGUGGCGCUCGCAGGCUGCUGCGGCGUUCAAAGACAUGUUGUUGUGUUCACAGAGGCUCCGUGGCACUCGCGAGGGGAAGCGGUGCUCGCAGUUGCCGGCGCUGAGUGGUGCAUGCGGGCACUGAAGGCGCGCGCGGGCGUUGUGUAGUAUGUGGUCGUCGCGGCGUUCAUAGUCGUUGUGGCGCGCGCAGGCAUUGCGGGCUCAACUGCAGGGGGCCGUCUCCAAGGCAAG